UUUUCUAUCGGGACAACGUGAAUGGACUCUGAUGCGGAUAUGAUUUGUGUUCGUGUCUUUGAUAAGUUUAAUAUACUGUGAGAUCUUUCUUGGAUUCACCAUCACGUGAAGUUAAUUAAUUUUUUGGUGAGAAUGUUGAGGAAUAUGACACUUUACAGAGCAACUUCAUUUGGCCUCUUGUUAUUGGUCUUAAAUGGUGUGUUUGGUGUUGAUGCAGAUGAAGUGAAGUCAGUGUCAGUGAUGGAGGGAGAUUCUGUCACUCUACACACUAAUCUUACUCACAUACAGACAGAUGAUCACAUACUGUGGAUGUUUGGACCUCAAGAGACUCGUAUAGCAGAGAUCCAUACACAAAGGGUUAAUAUGUAUAAGAGUAAUGAGAUAUUUGGAGACAGACUGAAGUUGGACAGUCAGUCUGGAUCUCUCAACAUCACAAACAUCACAAUCACAGACUCUGGACUUUAUAAACUACAGAUCAUCAGUGACACAGGAACUUCAUACAAGAGAUUCAAUGUUAGCGUCUAUUCUCAUCUGCCUGUUCCUGUCAUCAUCAGAGACUCUUCACAAUGUUCUUCAUCAUCAGAAAGAUCUUCAGUGUCAAAAUGUGUGUUGUUGUGUUCAGUGAUGAAUGUGUCACAUGUGAGUCUCUCCUGGUACAAAGGAAACAGUUUAUUGUCCAGCAUCAGUGUGUCUGAUCUCAACAUCAGACUCUCUCUACCUCUGGAGGUGGAAUAUCAGGAUACAAACACAUACAGAUGUGUCAUCAACAAUACCAUCACAAACCAAACUCAACAUCUCAAUAUCACUCAACUCUGUGGGUCAUGUCCAGAUUCUUCCCGCACACAUAUCAUUUUGGCAGUAAUUAUAUCUGCAGUUCUGGCUGUACUUGUACUAGCUGUUAUCAUCAUUCUCUGCAAGAAACGCACAAGAGUUCAGUUAGAAGGCAAAUUUGAACCACAUGAACAUACAGUGGAAACAUCAGAAGUGGAGAGAUUGUGUGAAUCAGAAGCUAUAUACUACAGCGUGAUUAUAUACUCCAGCGUGUCGACAUGGUUCAGUCAGCUGUGACCAACAAGCUCCAGUAUCUCAAUUCAAGAAAACACUGGAUUGUGCAGAAGUGUUUGUUCUUGAAUGUAUUUUCUUUAGGUCCUCUGUUUUAUUCCAUUCCAUUUUCUACCGCUUAUCCGAACUACCUCGGGUCACAGGGAGCCUGCGCCUAUCUCAGGAGUCAUCGGGCAUCAAGGCAGGAUACACCCUGGAUGGAGUGCCAACCCAUCGCAGGGCACACACACUCACUCAUUCACUCACGCACUCACACCCUACGGACAAUUUUUCCAGAGAUGCCAAUCAACCUACCAUGCAUGUCUUUGGACCAGGGGAGGAAACCAGAGUACCCGGAGGAAACCCCCGAGGCACGGGGAGAACAUGCAAACUCCACACACACAAGUCGGAAGCGCGAAUCGAACCCCCAACCCUGGAGGUGUGAGGCGAACGUGCUAAGCCACCGUGCCCCUCCUCUGUUUUAUCAUUUAUAAUAUUUUGAUCCUGAGGAGAACAUGCUUGUACAGUAAAGCCACACUCAUGCUCUUGUGGUAUACACACAUGCAUCCACAUUGUAAUGUGUAUUUGUAAAUAUUUAUGUUUUAUUAAUUAGCAAUUUUUGCAAACAUUGAUGUAAUAUCGAGUAAGUUAAUGUUUUUUAAUGUGUUUGGUAUCAAAUAACUUAACUGUAUGACAUAUUGCUUGUUGCUCCCUAACUCUUUGGAUAAAAGCGUCUGCUAAAUGACUAAAUCUAAAUGUAAACCAUGGAGAAAUAUCGAAAUUUGUAAUGUGUUGAUUGUGAAUCUCAAAUGUAUUUCAGUAUAAAAGGGCUUAAACUUGAAUUCACGUUAAUAAGAAAAGUGUAUAUUUGAUACAAUGGUUAUUUUUGUCACAUGACUUGGGAUUGUAUUUCAGGUCAUAUUGAUCUAAAAAUUGAUAAAUAGGUAAAUAGUUUAUUUUUUUACAUUUAUGCUCAAACAGAAAACAAAUUGGUGGACUAAAGAUACUUUUUAAUGUGUUGCUGCACAAGGAAGAGAGUUAUGGACAGUGUGCUUUGUUGAAGAAGGGACGGGUUUAAAUACAAACUUUGUUUUUCAUAUAAACAAGUAGACUAAGAAUGACUAUUCUUGUUAUUUUAAGAAUAUGCAAAUGUUAAGAAUGAAACAGAUGAACUGGAAGAGAACUGAUUUUACGACUGAACUUAAUUAAUAAACAGACGCUGCCAACCGCAUCUGAGGAAAGCAAACCGUUUCUUGUAUAUAUUUCUCCUGAAAUUUCAGGUUUUAAUCUGCCUACGAGGUCUACAGACGGGACCCGUAACACUCUUCUGCAUCUGCUGAUAACAUGACUCAUUGUUAUCCAUGUCCCUUCUUUUAUUCUUUGGAAAUCUUUUCUGUUCUCCAUAUCUUUUCAUUAUUUUAUUGCAACAUGUUUACUGCAUGUCUAGAAUGUAAUUGCAAAUGUUUCCCCUUGAUGAAG